UCUCAGGGUUUUGUUAAUUUUGUUCCAAGUAGAUUUUAUUCAAUUUUUAAUUCAGUUUUUAUGGUGUUGGAUUCGAAAUUUCCCGGGCAUUUUAGUACCCGAUGAUUGGCGCUACGGACCAUUUGUUUGUAUUCACCCGUUUCUCAGGGAAAAUUGUACAUAUGAAUGAAGAAGAAUCCACGAAAUUAUUGAAAUAGGGUGAUUUAUUGGGUUGUGAAAAAUGCCUUCACGAAGCGAUGACAUCCUCAAAGGCUUCCAAGUUAAUUGGAUGAAUCUGCGGGAUGCCGACAAUGGAAAAAUUUUGUGGCAGGGGAACGAAGAUUUAUCAAUUCCAGAUGUAGAGCAUGAAGCUAGAGUACCAAAGAAAAUCCUCAGAUGUCGUGAAGUAUCACGAGAGAUAAACUUCAGUUCCGUGGAGCCAUUGGAGAGAUUCAGACUGGAGCAGAAAGUCUUGUUCAAGGGACGAUGCCUGGAGGAGUGGUUUUUCGAGUUUGGUUUCGUCAUACCUAACAGCACAAACACCUGGCAGAGCCUCAUCCAAGCAGCUCCUGAGAGUCAAAUGAUGCCUGCAAAUGUCUUAAAUGGAAAUGUCGUCAUCGAGACGAAAUUCUUCGACGAUGAUCUCUUGGUAUCCACCAGUCGAGUUAGAUUAUUUUACGUUUAGAGUUUUCCAGUCUCUAUUAAUUUAUUUUUGAUGAAAAGACGCUAGUCUCAGCACGAUUUUAUGAAUAUUUUACAAAUAAAUCAUUCCACAACGAAA